GGGCUUCGCGAGGGCAAAGGUGAAUGGUGUCAACAUGGCGUCUUCAAUGAAGCUAAGUUGCUGGGGCGGCGACUGGGGGUUGCCGUCGGUGCACGCCGAGAGCCUCGUUGUCAUGACUUAUGCCAGGUUUUCAGGUGCACCAUUGAAAGUCAGCAUAAUAGAUAAUGUAUGGAAAGCACCAAGAGGGAGUAUACCAUUAUUGAUAUCAGAUGACACUGUUAUUUCUCAGCCAGCAAAAAUAUUAAACUUUUUAAGAAAACAGAAGUAUAAUGCUGAUUAUGAAUUGUCUUCAAAGGAAGGAGCUGACACACUGGCAUAUGUUGCACUGCUUGAAGAAAAACUACAUCCUGCUAUGCUGUAUACUUUUUGGAUUGAAGCUGAUAAUUACUAUAAUGUGACAAAACCAUGGUUUGCUUCAAGGAUUCCAUUUCCCUUGAGUUGGUACCUGCCUAGAAAGAUGUCCAGGGAAGCUCUUAAUAGGAUCUUGCUGACAAAGGGAGGGCCUCCACUCUAUAGCAUCACUGAAGUAGAAGUUCAGAUCUACAGAGAUGCAAAGGAAUGUCUGAAUCUUCUGUCAAAUAGACUGGGUUCAUCUCCAUUUUUCUUUGGAAAUAAACCCACAACACUUGAUGCCUUCGUGUUUGGUUUUCUUGCUCCUCUUUAUAAAGUACCAUUCCAUAAAGUCCAGUUACAAGAGCAUCUGAAGCAGCUUCCCAAUUUAUGUCGCUUCUGUGAUGAUAUUCUGAGUUGCUACUUUAGACGAAACUUCUCAGGCACUUCUCCAGAGGGUCAAGAUACAGUUGAUGCGAAUCUCCAGAAACUCACACAGCUCGUGAACAAGGAAUCUAAUUUGAUUGAAAAGAUGGAUGAUAAUCUUCGCAAGAGCCCUCAGCAUCCUCCUCGUAAGCUGACAGCUGUCAAACUUUCUACAGCUGAAGAAGGAAAUGAUUCACUGAAUCGCUUGUCACCCUGAUAGUUUUUAAUUUCAUAUUUAUAGAUUAACAGUUUCUCAGAAUGAAUAUAUAAUCAAUUUUUGCACUAAAUCUAUGUGUAUAUGAAUCUGUGACAAAAGAUAAGUUGACAUGGGUGCAGGUCCAUUCAUUUAACCAUUUAACCAAUUCAUUGUAUGGUCAUGUUAAAAAUACUACACCUAAGUUAACCCAGGCAAGAUCACUGAGUAAUUGUUAAAUAUACUGUGUAUUGUCACCUUUAAUGCUGCAUAACGCUUGCCUUUUCAGGUUAAUAUGUGUCUUGACCAAAAGCUAGGAUUCCCCUUUUUGGAAUAGACUAACAUAUCAGCUUCUUCUGCUAGAUUGGGUUUUCAGUUUUGACUGCAAUCAUGUUAUGCCUCAGCUUGUUGUAUAUUGGAAUAGGCACUUGAUCACCACUUUUAGAAUUUUUGUAGUUUUCUAAAAUAGCUCAAAUACUGAAAUUAAAGUAUCAGCAUAUACCACAGAACAAUAGUGAAUGGUAUUUGCCAUUUUGGAACAUGUGCAAGCAAUGGUAAAUAUAUGCAAUGUAUGCUAUUUUUAAAAGAAUAUAGAUUUUUAAAAAUUAGUCUUACUGCCAUUGGCAUUUCAUUUCAUAUUUAAAUGUUUAUUCAAAUCUGGUUUUAUCAAGAACUGGACUGGACAAGCCUGAUCAGCUUCCUGAAAGCAUAUUACAUACAAAAUUGCAGCCAUUUUUACUGACUCCUUUUUUUCCUACUUUGCUCUCCCUUGCUUUUCAUGCUUCUCCAGUAGUUUCCAGUUCUCUGGAACAGGGUGACGCAGGGUAAAGUGGAAAGAAUGUCCUUCACACCCCAUUUCCAAUGUGAGGGAACUUCAACCAUAGCAAGUCUAGGGUCCAUACAAUUGGCAUUACUUCUUUUUAACCUGCUUUGUGCUCGAGGUGCUUCAGUUUUUGCUUUUAUGCAGCUCAUCGACACCAACCUGAAUGACCUAGCCUUUUCCCUGGAUUAGAAUGCUUUAGUUAAUGAAUUAAAAGAGGAUAUUGAGCUUGUGCAGUAUGUUGAUCUAUGCACAUAGAGUUCCUGGUGGGCAUGGGCUUCCCCAAGUACUUGAACUAACAAUGGUAAUGCACCAGUCAGAACUGCUGUUCAUAGAGCUCUGUCCCUGACACUUUUUUGUUACAGUUUGUUUGUUUGUUUGUUUGUUUAUUUCACAGGGCGUAGAUGCCACUCUAAUCCAAACUGAUUCUGAGCAGCUUACGCACCUUAUUUGUGCUAAAAGUUUAAAGCACAAAUGACAAUAUAACAAAAACAGCACCGAAGAGAAAUAAAAUGCGGAAGCAGUGCACAUAAAACUUCUCAGUAUAGAGACAGAGCUCAGCAUUUAGGGAAAGCCUCUAAGUCAGGCUCAUUUUAUAACAUCUGUCUAUAAUGGCACUGAGAAGCAUUUCAGCUUAGUAGUUUUGCCACAAUUAAUAUAAUAAUUCUUAUAUUCCAAAUCAAGGCUGGACAACUGUUAGUAGGAUGAGCUGGAUGGUUUAAAAGUCAGAUGGUUAGGGAUUGGUUUGCAAGAGGAAGGAAUAAAGUUGUAUAAGAGGUAGGAUAUUGAAAUAUUUAAGUCUUGAGAUCUUUGAAUAGUAUGGACUUUUGAAGGUACAUUUUGCAGGGAUGUAUUGUCAAUCUUCUUGUACCUGCUUGAAGUAGCUCCCUGGGCCCCUAUUUCUAACCUAGCUAGUGCUACAAAAUAGGGCACAUUAGUGUGGAAACCUAUAAAACACUGAUGGAAUGGAAUAUGGAAGGUUGCACAAAAUUGGGAUGUGGUCUAGGCAAGGGCUUUCAUUGAUUCUCACUAAAAUUUAUUUCUGAAUUUCAGUCAACAGAAUAUUUUUGGAAAAGGACUUAACCAAAAUGGCAUCUUCCUUUAAUCAACUGAUUUUUUGUGUGUAUCUUAAUUCCGUACUUUUCAUAUGUAAACAGCUUCCUUUUUGUUUGACUUUAUUUUGCCAAUAAUACCUGAUACUUUUCUCUAAAUUACUUGGAGUAUUCAGUGAAUGUAGAGACAUAGCUGUUUCAACAAGUUUGUAAAUUGUGUAUAUAAAUGUACUUACAGAAUAUUACUUUAUAAAAUAAAGUAUGUAGCAAGCUCUUCAUGUAUCUUGUAUUUAUAACAAUACUUUUGGAUGUCUAACCAGAAUAAAAUUAAAGUUUCAUGUUA